AAAAAAAAAGAAAAUAGGCAAAAACAGAGCAACUAGACAAAAGGUCUUUUGGAAUCCGUACCUUUCUAAUACAAAUUCCGCUUGAAAAGUGAUACAAUUAUGAUACUUUGACAAGUCUAUAUAAAUAGCGUUGUCUUUUUUUUCUCUUUCUUUCCCUUCUUUCUUUAGUUUUUUAUUUUAAACAAAUAUGCGAACAGCUUUACGUAAAAAAAUAGUCAUCGUGGGCGAUGGAGCUUGUGGAAAGACAAGUUUAUUAAUAGUUUAUCAAAAUGGCAAAUUCCCUGAAAAAUAUCUACCAACAGUAUUUGAAAAUUACAUCUCUCGCGUCGAGUUGGAUAAUAAAUCAGUUGAACUUGCCUUAUGGGACACCGCAGGACAAGAAGAUUAUGAUCGAUUACGGCCACUGUCUUACUUUGAAACAGACGUUGUUAUCAUUUGUUUUGCUGUGGACAAUAUGAACUCUUUUCAAAAUGUGAGAGACAAGUGGCUACCAGAAGUGAAGCACUAUUGUGGCAAUAACGUAUCAUUAGUACUAGUCGGAUUAAAAAUCGAUUUACGGACAACAGAAUCAAAGACGAUCAUUAGUUAUCAACAAGGGCUAAAAUUAGCUAAAGAAAUAGGAGCCAAAUAUGGUGAAUGUAGUGCGAAAGAGAAUAUAUAUGUUAAAGAAGUUAUACAACUAGCUGCGCAAAUGGCUAUUAAACCAAAAAGAUUAUUUAUGAAAAGAAACCUACAAUGUAAUAUCCUAUAGAACCCUUACAUCAUUCCCCCUCAUUGUUAUUAUUACUAUAUUUAUGCUAUUUAAU